AUGGAGAAGUUCCAAUGUACGAUUAUGUUCGCUUAUUUACUUAUGUCAACAACAAUCUUCUCGUCUUUGCCAAUACAAUCUCACGCGACAAAACACUUCAAUGUGCUGAGCUUCGGAGCUAAACCUAACGGUAUUGUUGACUCAGCUACAGCUUUUGCCAAGGCAUGGGAUGCAGCGUGUAGUUCGACGGAGGCUGCGGUUAUAUACGUAUCCAAAGGACGAUAUCUUGUUAGCCCUGUUCGUUUCAGCGGUGAAAGUUGCAAGAGCCUUGAUAUUGUUUUCAGGAUCGAUGGGACUCUUGUUGGUUCGGGGGACUAUAACUUUCUUGGGCGAGAAGAAACAUGGUUCAGCUUUGAAAGAGUCACUGGAGUUUCUGUUAUCGGUGGUUCUUUCGACGCUAAGGGACCUUCAUUGUGGGCUUGCAAGGCCUCCUCCAACAACAGCUGUCCCGCUGGUGCUACGACAAUAAGUUUUGUGGAGUCAAGUAGAGUCAAGGUGAAGGGAUUAUUGUCAUUGAACAGCCAAAUGUUCCACAUCGUCAUUAAUCGAUGCCGUAAUGUUAAGAUCAACGAUAUUCGGAUCGUGGCGGAUGGAAAAAGCCCGAACACAGAUGGCAUUCAUGUCCAACUAUCAACUGAUGUUGAAAUUCGUAACGCUUCCAUCAAAACUGGUGACGACUGUAUCUCCAUUGGCCCCGGAACCAAGAACUUGUGGGUCGAACGAGUCACAUGUGGCCCUGGUCAUGGAAUCAGCAUUGGGAGCUUGGGAAAAGAUAGAGAAGAGGAAGGGGUACAAAAUGUGACGGUGAAGAAAACAGUUUUUGUAGGAACAGACAAUGGAUUAAGAAUUAAGUCAUGGGCUAACCCAUCAUCCGGUUUUGUUCAGAGGGUUCGAUUCUUAGAGUCUCUUAUGUUCAAUGUCAAGGGUGUUAUAGAGAGUGGAGUCUCGGAAGAAAACACAAACCACCAAAUGAUGGAUUCUGUUACGAACCAAAAAGAUCAGAGAAUCAAGGAUAUGACGGCUCUUCAUAUGCUGCAAAUGUCAGUAACAGACUCGAUCUUUCUUCGGAUAGGCAGAGCAACAUCGUCCAAGCAAGCGUGGGAGAUUCUCGAGGUGGAAUUCGGAGAGACCAAUGAGAUUCAUGAUUUGAAACUAGCCUACCUUUGA